AUGUCUGAUGCAAGAAGUAGAAGGAAUGAGCACUUUCAAUCGUCAAUUUUUGAGCCUGCCCCUAUUUCUAAUAAGAAAGAAAUAAGUGGGAGAGAAAAUUAUAACACAGGACAACAAAGACAGCGAUCAUGCGAUACAUUUAAUUCAGAAUACAGUAAAAGUAGACAAGGGGAAUAUAGAAAAGCGCAGGAAAAUAGAUUUGAUGAGUAUGAGACAGAUAAAUAUAGCAGAAAUAACAAGGACGAGCGCCAAAAUUUAAACCGCUCUCUGUAUGAAGGGUCAAAUACUUCUUCAUAUAAGCCAAAUGAUACACGAAACUUGUUAGGAAACGACCAAACUAACUAUUAUCAAAGAGAAAACAAAACAAAACCAUUUUAUGAUUUUGAGCCAAAAUAUGCAGAGACUUCUGCAUUUAAUCGAAAAUAUGCAGAUUUAUAUGGAAACUCACAAUCCUCGAUUCCAAGCUACCCUAGAGAAGAAGCUCUAUCAGAAAGCCGAGAUAUCUCUUCAAGGCAACGAAAGCAAGAUAACAUGGAAUCAAAUAUUUUUUAUCCUCCACAGUAUCGGAAUUUCAAACAAGAAGCCCCUCAAGAAUCCCAAAGUUCCCAAUUUUCCCCAGAGUCCAGAAGUGCUGAAAUGAGGGAAUCUUCUGUAUUCGGCAAACAAGAGCCUCGACAAAUCCCUAAUCAAGCCAUAGAAACAUCUAAUGACGACAAACGAAGAAAAAACCACAUGUACUCAGACAUUUUUGGUGAGCCAGAAUACGAAACUAGUAGCAAAAAGCAAGAUAAGCUAAUCGCAGCUACUCAAAAAUGAAGUGAAAACGACGCAAGAACUUAUACAAGAGAAGAAGACUAUGACGUCCACAAAUUUAAAUCAAAAAAUCUCUGGGGUGAUGAAAAUUACUAUCAAGAAAGAAAUUUAACCCCUAAGCCAGCCAGAAUGCCAGCACAAAAUCCGCAGCAGUAUAAAACAAGAGAAAUGACCAGCUCUAUGCAAGAUUAUAAUGAAUUUCCUACAAAGCAAGCCCAAGAGCCUGCUAUAGCUGAAUAUGAUUUAGAAAACCUCCCACGAAACACUACCAAAGAUAGCCUAAAAAGGAUUUGCAGCAGCGUCCAUAUUGUUUCGAUACAAAUUGAUACUGAUAAUCUUACAGGAUUUUGUAAAGGAACAGGGAAAAUGAUGAUAAGGACUUCAGCUAACGCCGAAAAAGACUUGCAAAGGCUGCAGCUAGAUUUAGCAGACGAAGACAUUGUGCUGAAAAUCCACAGAGAAAAUGUCGGGCUAAAGUCAAAUUAUUCAGAGCUGAGUGGGCUUAAAUGGAAUGACCCACAUAUAGUAGGAACCCCAUCAGAGCAUUCAGUAAAAAGCAAAGAAUCAUAUAAUAGGCCUGCAUUGGACGAAACUUAUAUGGCAAAUAUACAAUGGCAACGGACUAAAAAUCCAAGAUAUGAAUAUAGGUAA